AUGGACGCCGCCCCUCCAAGCCGCAGUUCGGCCAGCGUGCCUUCCCACCUCCUUGUCGUCUUGCUGCAGCCCCGCGUUGACUUCCCCUACUCACAGGAGCUCGUCAUCUCCAGCGCUACCCCUGCCCGAGUCAAGUGCCACCAAGUCCUGAUGAAUGCGCCAAGUCCUCAGCGAGACCUGUUUUUCGUCAAAUUCGGCUACGCGGCUAUGACCUCAGAUUUGGACCACAAGCGGCAAGUACCCCACCGGCAAGACCACACGAACGCUCGAACAACUACAUACCGAAACACCAAGUCCAUCUUCGAACAUGUACGACUACCGCCGACUUCGGAUAAGUCAAGUCCAACAACGACUGUGUACAACUAUCGGCGACCCCGAAGGACUACGAAACUUGAACCUCUACUUCCCCUUCAAAACAUGUACCACUACCGCCGCCCGAACAUCUAUAGAGCAUGUACCAUGACCAUCGGUGAAGACUCCGUGGACAUCAAGUUCCUCGCGUGA